AGGACUUUAUUGCUAGAGGCCAAAAGACACCGGGAACUGAACUGCAGAAAGAGCAAGAGAGGAGGGCUCUAAAGAUUCCACUGGAUAAACGCGCAGCCCUGGGGCACGACAGCAGGUACAUUGAGUAUAGCCAGAGACUUUUUCUGACGCCACGGCACAAGCAGCGUUGUUCUGACCAGGCGCCUCGGUCGCCAGCUCUAUGUUCUCUCAGAGUUCCCUGGGUGGGACCCAGGAUUGUCUCUGCUCUUUACUUCCACGCCUUGGGGUCCAGACGCUGCAGGUCCUCCCCCUCUUUUCCCCAUUUUUUGCCACUGGGGGCGGGGAUGGAGGCGUGGAGUCGAGCCUGACAGCACACGCAUCAAUGACAGCUUUCAGGCGGAAGGGGUGGGGGCUUGUCCCUCCCCACUCCUGCCGCACCGGGUCCCCUCCUCUUAGCACACCCUGGCGCCUGGAGUUGGUACUGGCAGUCAGAGGUCCAAAGACUGCGCCCCUACCCUGCCCCUGACAUUCUGGCCUCUUCUAGGCUGAUCUGCCUAAGAACGUUCCCAAACACCUAGAGACUGAUGGUCCUCAAACCUUUGAUCUGGCUUCCUAGCUGCAUCUGGCUUGUCCGAAAGCCGUGGGGAGGACAUAGUGCCGAGUACAGGGCCGGGAUCUCGGUGGCAGCAGCUGGGAGGAGGGGCAGGGAGGGGGUACAGAGGUGCCAGGGGACCGAGGGACAGCGAGACAUCUGGCCUGACCACGCGGCUUCAAAUUUCCACGGGCUCAAGGUUGUGCAACCGCGAGCCUAGCGAGAGCCGCGGGCGCUUCGGAAAACAAGGCGAGCCCAUAAACAAAGCCACGUGGCCUCGGGGCCCGGGGGGGCCGGGCUUAGAGCAGGCGGCUCUUCCGGCAACAAAGAGCCGGGGCAGAGGCCCGGGAUAAAUACUGCGCCCCGGCAGUCGCGCAGCAUUCCCGGAGUCCGACGCUAUAGGAGACCCUUCCCAGCGCCUGCGCCCUCCGCGAGUCCAGGGACCCCAGCGCCCACCCCAGACCCGCAGUCCUCCACACCAGUUCCCCACACUUGUCCCAGUCGCCGCCUGAGUUCACCCAGCAUCUUUCCAGCGCGGCGCAUCCCCGGGGCCAGCCAGGCCGGUCCCCGGCUAUCAAUCCAUCCUGCCCGUCGGUCGCGUCUGCACUCGGUGCCAUGCCGUUCCUUGGGCAGGACUGGCGGUCCCCGGGCCAGAGCUGGGUGAAGACAGCCGAUGGCUGGAAGCGCUUCCUGGAUGAGAAAAGCGGCAGCUUCGUGAGCGACCUCAGCAGUUACUGCAGCAAGGAUGUGUACAAUAAGGAGAAUCUUUUCAACAGCCUGAAUUAUGAUGUUGCAGCCAAGAAGAGAAAGAAGGACAUACUGAACAGCAAAACCAAAACUCAGUAUUUCCAUCAAGAAAAAUGGAUCUAUGUUCACAAAGGAAGUACUAAAGAGCGCCAUGGGUACUGCACUCUGGGAGAGGCUUUCAACAGGCUGGACUUCUCAACCGCCAUCCUGGAUUCCAGAAGAUUCAACUAUGUAGUAAGGCUGUUGGAACUGAUAGCGAAGUCACAGCUCACAUCCCUGAGUGGUAUCGCCCAGAAGAACUUCAUGAACAUCUUGGAAAAAGUCGUGCUGAAAGUCCUUGAGGACCAGCAAAACAUAAGACUCAUCAGGGAACUUCUCCAGACCCUCUACACGUCCUUAUGCACACUGGUCCAGAGAGUUGGCAAGUCUGUGCUGGUGGGCAACAUUAACAUGUGGGUGUAUCGGAUGGAGACCAUUCUACACUGGCAGCAGCAGCUGAGCAGCAUCCAGAUCACCAGGCCUGCCUUCAAAGGCCUCACCUUCACAGACCUGCCUGUGUGCUUGCAACUGAACAUCAUGCAGAGGCUGAGUGAUGGGCGGGACCUGGUCAGCCUGGGCCAGGCAGCCCCAGACCUUCUUGUGCUCAGUGAGGACCGGCUGCUGUGGAAGAGACUCUGCCAGUACCACUUCUCAGAACGACAGAUCCGCAAGCGAUUAAUCUUGUCGGACAAAGGACAGCUGGAUUGGAAGAAGAUGUAUUUUAAGCUGAUCCGAUGUUACCCAAGGAGAGAGCAGUAUGGGGACACCCUGCAGCUCUGCAGACACUGCCACAUCCUCUCCUGGAAGGGCACUGACCACCCGUGCACAGCCAACAACCCAGAGAGCUGCUCGGUCUCACUCUCCCCGCAGGACUUCAUCAACUUGUUCAAGUUCUGAAUCCCACCUCUUGACGGCACUUCACAAGCCCCCCCCCCCACUCCCCGCUGAUCGGAUGGCUGGGAGUUCGGAGACUUCCUUUGUAAAUAGUGUCCAUUGUAAGCACUGGCUUGAAACUUGUGAGCGAAGUCACUGAGAAGACGUUGGAGGGAAGGGACGAAGCUGCCGAUGGGAACUUACAAAUGUGAACUGCACACUAGAACUGGUACAGAAACGCGGAAAUACUGUAAAUAGACUUUUUCUUUUCCCCCCAAGAAUUUGCCAGCGAGACUCUAAGGGCGAGAACUCUCUGUCUGCCGUGAAAAACGGAGUCCUCCUGAUGUUCAUGGAAACUUCCUAGUUCCCUAGGAAGGAGAAAAAGACGCGAAACUCAAAUACCAGACAGAACACUCUGUUUACAAUGUGAUGGUGUUGUUAAGACAAAAUGAGAAAGAAGGAGAAUGAAUGCUACAACUAGGAAGCCUUGGGCUUUGGGUUUGGAUUUGGGAUUUGUUGAACAGGCGAAGAAGUCCACCCAUCGGACACCUAUGCAGGCAUAAGGCCUUAUCCUACGAAGAUGCCACACAAUGGUCUACCUCUGAAAGCGUAGCUUGCUCUCUGGCAGCGUGCACUAUCUAGCAGGCAAUGUCUGUGUUUCAUGUAAGUUCUUUCAUCUGUAAAGAGAUCUGAGAUGGGAAGGCUAUUGGAAACAACCUUGGUUCUGACUUCCCUUCCCCUCUUUGCUCCCAGUCUACACCUUCUUUCCUUCCAUGUUGUAGCUCAUGUACGGAACCAGAAGGCCAGCCUAAGAACAGCUCCAGCAGAAGACACGAAGAACUAGAAUUGGGCACCUGUAGAUGGUGGCUUGGCGCUUCUGAUUUAACUCUCCUCUCCUCUAGCUUAACUUCUGGGCUUGUUUGGUCUUCCAUGGGUGUCGUCAUGGAUUAGUGAAUGUCUGUGAACUUAGUGGAGUCUAAGAACUGAGGCUUGAGAGAGACAUUUUUCACACCAGCCAAUUAAGCAUUCUGAUAGCUGCUGCUUCCCCUUGGCGGGGUGUGGAGCUGAGGCUCUUUCUGUUCUUUAGGUUUAGCAUCGAACUUGAGUCAUCCUGAAUGGGGACUUUUCACAGGCGUGAUUUAAAAGGAAGCCUGGAGUUCCAGCCAGAUAGGGAGCUGAGUUCAUCUUAAGCUUGUUUCAAGACUGAGUUAAAACAAAGAGAGGCAAAAGACAAAGGAUCCCAGGGGGUCUUGCAAAGCAGAGAUAUGAACACUGUGGAAGAAAGCAAAUCUCAGGACUUCAGGAGUUAAUUCCUGGGGUGGGGGAAAUGUUAUUUUUUACUUUUUAUAGAUUGUUGCUUUUCUACAAUGUACAUAUAUUUGCAGUUGUAUUUGCUUUUUUUAAAAAAAAAAUCUCCAAAUAAAACUACCACUAUGCACAUCCUUGGUAAAUAAUCAGAAGUAGGAAUGUGCCCACAUAGAUGUUAAGUGAGGGAUUGUGUAACCCGAAGCAUUGAUGCUUGGGGUGGUCCUCGAAGGAAAGGAAAGGUGGCCGAGCAUACAAAGAAACAAGAGACAGUCAACACCUCUGCCUUCAGUAAUAGAGAACGCUCAGGUCAGUGCCGCGUGGGCAGGUGAAGUCUGCAGGGUUCCCUGGUUUGCAGUAUCUGUACUUAAACCAAAAGUUCUCCAUAUUUCCUUCUUCCUUGAGGGGGAAAUUAAGUUGAAUUCAGAGGCCCUUAAUGAGGAAAGGGAACUGUAAAAGAACAAGAUUUGAUGUAUAAAGCUGAACUUUAGAGACUACAAACCUGUAACAGCUAGGAGUUUUUCUAUUUGGUUUUGUGGGUUUUUUUAGUUUUUUGCUUUUUUUUUUUUAACUCUUCUCCCCAGAAUUAUUUUUACAUUAAGAUUUACAUUAAGGGCUUAGACUAGGAAAGAAAAGAAAGGGAAGGAAGGAAGACAGACAUUUUUUCCAUAAUUGUCAGACUCUACAAUACCUCACCUUCUAUAAGUGGGGUGGAGCUGGGUCUGCCAUUGCUAUGGCAAGCUCUGGAAACAGUGACUCUAGGUGGCACUGUUAGGGUUAGGGGAUCGUGGCCUUUCACAUGUUCUUAUCAGCUUGUUACCACCGCUUUGUCAAGUUGUUUAGAGAUGGAAAGUUGUUGGGACCUUGGGGUUUAUUUACAGUUCCAGCAACUUUGCCUACUUUGAACUGCCAGCAGAAAACUGGUGGAGCCAGUCUCAUGGAGUGCCAACAAUGCACGAGGCAUACAUCCUACAUGCCCCAGGCAACCAUCUGUCUCUGUGUAAAAUGACCCUGACCCCAAGCCGUGAGGUCCCAGCUUUUUGAAAUGUUGGUUAGGUGCCUGCAGAUCCUCCAUGAACCUUGGUGUCAUUGGAUAUGGUAUGCGACACAGCCAAAGAAUUGAUUUAAAAGGGAAAAGGAGCAUGUAUGGGUCACUUUCAUUGGUUAGUAGAAAAUAGGAAGGAUUGGCAGGUGGAGAGGGAGCGGGGGAGGAGUAGUGAUGGAACAUCUUUGAUGUCGUGUAGCAGGGAGGAGCGAUGGAGGGAAGAGCAGGCAAGAUGUCCAUAUUAGGGCAUGGCUAGAGCCUCACAUACAAAUGACGGGACUUAAAAAGUUUUGCUCCUAGAACAGGAAUAAGUCUAUAGAAUUCCUCUUGGCAAACCCACCCAGGACUCCCAGACCUAAGACACAAAAACUAAGAAUCCCUGGCCCAAGCUGCUACAAAAGUGAGAAGGGCGUGGAUCUAGAAAUUGCUGGAAGAAUUUUUUUUCCAACACAAAGAAGAAAUCUGUUUUCUCUCUCCUACUGUACCCUCCUGUCCCUCCUUUGCAUGCUGUAAAACAGAACUUGAGUUAUGCCCACUCUGAAGUCGUUCGGGCAGCAAGAGAGGGAAAAGGUUCUGUCCAAGUCAUAUGAGCAAACCCAGGGAGAUGGUGAAUCAAAACUUACUCGAGAACAAUCAGCUGAGAGUCUCUGAAGAGAGAGAACCAUUCCAUAUAGAGUUUAGGAAUGCUCCUUUUAUAGCAAGAGCCAGUAAAAGAAAAAAAAAAUCAGCCCAGUGAUACUGCCAACUAGCUCGGGUCAGAGUGCACAGGUGUGUCAGUCGAAUGGGGGAAAAGGGGUGGCAGAAAGGAUCCGAAGCCACAAGGUGGGAUCCCGAGCCCAUCAGCUGGGAGAACUUUCUGACUAAUAAUGACCAGUUUCAGGUGGAAGUGGUCUGGACAAGAUACUUGCGCUGCAAAAGCUCUCAGCUGACGAUCCCAUCUCCUUGUGACCGUGAAGCCAGCUGGUGGGUGGCUCAUCCCUGUGACCUCACAAUGUGAGGAGGCUGCUCUUGACACGGAUGCCUUAUUUUUUUUGUUUACCAUGGAAGAGAAAAGGUUGGGAAUUUGGUUUGUCUAAGCAGUUGGUAUGAUUCACAGAGAGAGAAGUCGCCGCAGGAGACGUUUAGCGGUAUAUGGUUCUCGGCGUUGGAAACAAUGUUUAUUAUAAAACACACACCUGGGUUUAUAUUUUUCUGCCUGGCUGUGGGGCAAUAACAUCUUGCUGUGCAAACACUCUAAAUUUUAUGUGUGAAUUUUUGACUGUAAUUUUAUGUGUGCAUUUUUUUAACUAAACUCUAUCAUUUUCUAUGUU